CGGAGGGAGCGCCGCUGUUUGAAUGCACUGCGGAAACAGACAACUUGGCAGCAGAUUUGACGAGCGAACCGUAGGAAAAUGCAGUUAGUUAGCCAACGAUUUAAAUUGGUGUGAUUUGUACAUUUCACCGUUUAAGAAGUGACUUUACGUAAACUUUAAAUGUAGCUCGUUUGACACCGAGACGCAAGAUUGUUUUCUUCCGAUUGAGACUUGUUCAAGAGCUAAUGUGUCCUACUAACGUUAGCUAGCUAACUGCAUUGCAACCGAAGCUAACUAUUAGCUCGACGGUCCAUAAUGUGAUGUGUUAUGCAAGUCGUCAACUAAUUGGGACUGUAACUUUGCUGGUGGACAGUUGUAGAGCGUUAUUGUCUUGUGAACAGUCGUGUGAGGAUGAGUAUGCGUCAAAGGUCUGGGGAAAGUAAUUAACUUAGAGACGAUAGUGCCAGGACUGAUUUUUUAAAACUGCGGAUGUCGGUUUACUUUGGUCCUGGCAGAUGAUAGUGAGGGAACUGGUGCAGAGAUAGUUGAACAGUGUGUUUUUGAAGGUAAAUUUGUUAAAAAUGAAAGUCAUGGAGAAGAAUGUAAUGCGUCUAGUGGCGGUGCAGCAGCUCCGAGCAGCGUAUGGGAUAAAGACAAAGAACUGGAACAAAAACAAAGCAGCCAGCUGUAAGCUAGCAGCCAGCAGCUCGACAAAAGUUUUCGGUGUUCCCUUGGAGAGCUUACCAUACUAUAAUAUGGAAUGUGGGAGUGUGCCAAGUUUUCUGGUAGAUGCGUGCAUGAAGCUGCUUGCACAUGUGGACACAGAAGGCCUGUUCAGAAAAUCAGGCUCCGUCGUCCGUCUGAAAGCACUCAGGGCAAAACUGGAUGUGGGUGAGGAGUGCCUGUCCGCUGCUCUGCCCUGUGAUGUGGCUGGUUUAGUGAAGCAGUUCUUCAGGGAGCUGCCAGAGCCUGUGCUACCCACAGAUCUGCAGGAGGCCUUUCUCAAGGCCCAGCAGCUCCCCACCGAGGAGGACAGAACUUCUGCCACCAUGCUGCUGUCCUGUGUACUGCCAGACAAAAACCUAUGCGUCCUGCGUUACUUUUUUGACUUCCUGCACAAUGUGGCUCAAAGGAGUGCAGAGAACAAAAUGGACAGCAGUAACUUGUCAGUAAUCUUGGCCCCCAACCUCCUUCACUGUGGAGAUGGUACAGAGAAAAUGAACGCUAACACGGAGAAACGGCUCAAACUACAGGCAGCUGUAGUCCACUGCUUCAUAGAGAAUGCCCAAAGCUUUGGGGUGCUCCCACCGUUUCUUCUUGACAAAGUUCCAGCCAUGAUGGGUUGUGAGUCUCCUACUCAUCAUGAGCUUGAAGAGCUGGAUUUAAACUCAGGGAUGAAGAGAAAACCAAGACGCAGCCUCGGAGAUGUGGUCAAUGGUGCACUGAAUAAGAUAAAAACUAAUAGAACACCUACAAAAGUCACCCAGGCAGACAGUCUUGUCUUUUCCUCUGCAACUCCUGUGAUUGCAACACCAGCCUCCAAGCGAAAACUUCCUUUGGAAUCUGGUCACUCUUUUGGAUUUUCAAACAAGAAACGUAAAUCUGUGAAAAAGAAUCUUGGGAUAGAUUUACUUCCCAAUGCUUUGUUCAGCGGGACCUCCACUCCUGGAUCAGCCUACAGCGCUUCAGUCUUGGACACAUCCCAAAAUAUCCUGUCGUCAGCGGGCAUUUCCAGAAGACAAUCGGCUACCUCUGCAAGGAGAAAGAGCCGGAGACUCAGCAACAGACAUGCUGUCAACAGAGUCGAAUCUGGAAAAGCUGGUUGCUUUUCUCCUAAAGUCAGCAAAAAAGAAGCACCACGCAAGUCUCUGCGCCUGCGUUUCAGCCUGGGGAAGAGCAGCAAAGACGCUGGAUCUGAGUCCAUUGGCUGGCGACUCGCCACACAGGAGAGCACGACCAGCUUCCGUUUCACCAAAGAGACGGAGUUCAGUCCAACAGUUCUGCCCAGAAAAACAGAAUCCAAGAGUUCAAAGUACAUUAGUAAAUCUGAAGACAACUUGCUGACGCCUCAGUGUGACUCAAGUGCCCUCCGGACCUCGUGGAGUGGGGAGACCCCAGUAGGAGCCCAGACCUUCAGUGGGGAGUCUUUCACAGACACACCCAUGAACAUGUGCCUCAAGAGCAACUACGUGUCUGAGCCUGCCAUCGUUCUCUCCAAGCCUCCAGCAGUGAGCAGCCUUCCUAUGAAGCUGUGUUGUGCCUCCAGCGCAGAGAGCCUUGAGAGUGAGCGCUCCAUCACUGAAUCCCAGACACAAACCGGCCCCACCCUGCUCAGAAUAAAGAAGGCCUUCACAGAGUCGGGCAGUGACCUCCAGGCAGUCGUACAGGACUCCAUAGAAGCAAGUAUAACGAGUAAAACGAAACCACCAGAUAGCAUCUCAGUCGUUCCACCGGAGACUCCUGCUGUCACAGUUCUGUCUGUGGACACCUCCAGCAUCCCAGCUCAGCGCAGGCCUCUGGCUAAUGAACACAACUUUACUUUUGGCCAGAUUGAAAUAGCAGCUUUGUCUCCUUUGCAUAUUGAUAGUGUGGUUUUUGAAUCUGAUGUAUAUUGUAGCCCCGUGAUCAGGGAUGACAGAGAUUCUCACUGUGCUGCUCAGACCAGUAGCUGUCAUGACUCCACGGUGGAACGGAGUGAAACCGAGGCAGAGCAGGUGAACUGCAGCAGGUUGAUCGAUGCUCUGGACAUCCAGAGUCCUGCUCACUUCAGACUGGGUGUUUCUUCUGGACUGCAGUCAACUCCAUACAGGCUUGGUCUUGAACUCACAGAAGAGCUUUCUACUCCUCCUAAAACGGUACAUGGGACUGAAGCAGAGAUUGGUACUGCAGUUCCAAACCAACAGCCCCUCUCACCAUACAGACGGGAGACUGAGAAGCGCCGGGUGGCAGAUCACAUUCAGCACUUCAACAAACUCACCCUUAAUUCUCCCAGGGGCCAACAGAUCAGGUCACCGCUCAAGUUCCAGCGCACCCCUGUCCGGCAGACUGUCCGCAGGAUCAACUCUAUCUUGGGAGACAGCAGGAGACCGACUAGAAAUGCAGAGCUCCCCGUCAGCCGGAGUAAAGUGGCGAAGGCUCUGAGUCUAGAGAGCGGCCUCUCCCCUCACCCACAGCGUCACCCUCAUCUGGGAGAGCCACAAGUGGGACUGUCCAACAGCAAGUGCCCCAUAAAGAAACCACCUCCAGUCCCGCCAAGAAAGCCAAGCACCCUGGCCCGUAAAGCCUCUGCUCUGGGCGACGUGACCAACAAGGCCCAACCAAAGAUCAAAGUGGACUCUUCAGUGUGCGAUCCGUCAGCAGCUCAGAAAGCGCUCACUCAGCAGGUAGCAGAGAAGGAGAUGAACCAUUACAGAGGCUCACCGAGAAACCCUCUCAACCAGGCACGGCUGCUGUCUGCUACCAAACCUGUCGAUCUAUAGUGGACAUUCUUUUUGCCUUUUAGCUUUUCUGUUGCUAUGCAGUUCUCUGUCUGUUGAGACUAGAUGACAUAAAACAUUCCAGCUUAUAUCAUCCAUGUAUUCAGGGUCUUAAUUUAUUUUCAACUACGGUAGGAGCUGUUUGUGAUGUCUUAGGGCCUUAUUGGGAGAUGUUCGUAUGCCUUACAUUUGUUUUACUCCAGUAAGACAAGUUUAGAAGUUAGACACUGACACACAACAGCCUAUAAGUAAGAUAGUGUUUAGAUGGUAGUGAGCAGGUCAGAUUAUGUAAAAUGUGAUUGAUGGCAUGAAUGGAAAAGUUUUGAAAGAGUGCUAUGCUUUUAUUUAAGCAUUUUAAUCCAUAGGUAGAGCUUUAGGUGAAAAAAACUUGACUGAAGUAAGAGUCUAAGCUGUUUCUUUUGUAUUACAGAAUAUUUUCUUACUGUCUUGUGUCAUGAACCGAGAGAAAGGAGGAAAAAAUGCACCUUUUGUCUAAUUUUAUGAAAUAAAGAGAAGCCAAGCAGUA